AUGGACGACGACGAGAGCCGCGUGGUCUUGGAGCUUCUGCAGAAGAAGGACCGUGAGAUCCACGCGCUCACCGACGCCAAGGUGCGUCUUGAAGAGAAGGUGGACGCCAUGCGCUGGGACCUCGAGCUCGCGCAGGGCGGCUUGGACUACAGCGCGGCCUUCAACACGCAGCUGCUCGCGUUUGAGGCGCAGCUCGAGGACUUACGCACAAAGACCGACCUGGCGCUGCAGCCGCGCCAGAUCACACCAGAUACGCGACAGGCCAUGGCACUCGAGCAGCGCCUGCAGCGAGGCGAGGCCGCGGACUCGCUCUUGCACCAGCGCCUCCACAGCAUGUUUCAAGCCAACUGCGAGCUCAUCCAGCGCCUCUCGCGGCCGUCUUGCCGUGAGGUCGGCGAGCAAACAGCCAGCCACCAACGCGAUCGCUUUCUUGAGCCAGACGCUCCGUGCUGCGACUGCGCCUCGCAGCUGCAGCAUGCUACCGACGAGCUGCGGGGUCUCCGCGCCGCUGCGCUUCUUUCGCAACUCGCUGCACGUCCCGCGUGCGAGGCGUGUUCCUAUGACGCACCAGAGGAUCCAUCGGCGGUAGCAUCGUUGCGCUGCGACGGCGCCACGUCAUGCAAAGUGGCCGAGGCUGCGCUCGACCAACUUCGAGAGACCGUCGCGCGCCACACCACAGAGCUGCAGUCGAGCACGGAGGAGCUGCAGACCGUCCGCGCCGAUGCCAUCACGGCCGCGCUGCUCCACCAACAGACCGAGAAUGCGCUACGCAUGACGCUGGCGGACGUGGAAGCGCGGCUCGUCGCGUCGCGUGCGCAGUGCGAGGCCGCCGAACGCGCCAAGCUUGAGAUCAUCCACCAAGCGACGCAGCUCGUACAGGCAGCCGAGGCCGAGACCGGCACGGCGCUGAGCAGCCUCGAUGCGUUCAACCAGAUGCAGCUGCGCCCGUGGAUCGACGUGGCGACGAGCGACCGGACCGCCAAGUACACGCUGCAGACCGCGCUGGCGGCCGCCAACGACACGAUUGCAGCGCUGCAAGCCGACGUGGCGCUUGAAAUGGCGGCGGCGCGGGACCUGCGGGCAGACGCAGAGGCAUCUGCAGCACAAGCGGCCGAGUGGAGUGCGCUGAGCGACGCGUACGAGCUCGUCCAAGCCGAGCUCGAGGCGCGCGUCCGAAGCCUCUCGGCCGCGCUCGCCCAGGCUCUUUCAUCGCACGACUCCUCGGUUGACUGGACCGCCUUGGUGUCCCAGCUGCUUGCGCAGCCGUCGCCGCCGUCGCCGCAGUACCCUCCGACAAAAGUGCUCGCACCUGAUAAGGCGCAUGUUUGCUCGUGGCAGCUCCAAGCAGCCACAUGGCGUCAAGCGCUGCUUAGUAAAGAGCUGGCCCUACAGGCGCUGCAGGAUCAGCUCCAUCAGCAGGCGGCCACCAGCAGUGCGCUCGACGCGAGCAAAAUCGCUAACAGCGCCUUGCGCAAGAAGGCGGCGACGGCCAAAGCCGAGGUCGAGACGUGGAAAGCGGCGGCCGAGACGGCCCAGGCCAAGCACGUGGCGCUCGCGCGAGAAAAGACAGAGCUCAAUCACAUGGUCUUGCGGCUGCGGGAGGAGAACGCCAAGCUCCGCGACAGCGCGCAGCGCAAGUCGGAGCUCGUGGCCUAUUACAAAGGCGCGGCCGAAAAGGCGAAGAGUCUACACGACGCGCCGACCCGUCCUCUCCCGGCCUCGAACCCUGCCCCCACUGCCGCCAAAACCGCACUCAUCAAGCACCUUCAAGAGCAGCUUGCGGCGCGCCUAAAGGACGCCGCCGCCACCAACGACGCACUCCAAAAGGCGCAAGCCCACAACCACGUGCUUUCAAGUCGGUGCGCGCGCCUCCAGAUGGUGUUACGGGACAAGGCGUCACCACAACAGUCCCCAGAGGGCGACAAGAAAGACAAGAGCGGCGACGACGCGACAAGCGCCAUCCAGUCCCAGCUUCGCGAGUGCAGGCGACGUCUGCAGCAGAAGCAGAGCGUCGUGGACGGCUUGAAGGCCAAAGACGCGGCGCAGAGAGAGAUGCUUGCGACGUGUGCGACGCAAAUCAACCAGCUGCGCGCGCAGCUGCAGAGCCACUCGAUCGACGCCGCCAAACGGGAGGCGCAUCUCGCGCAGUUGAAUGGACUUCGCGCCAGUGUCUACGACGCCGUGCACAGCGCGUUCGCCUUUCGGUUGAGGAAAAUGGACCCUGUUGACGGCGUCUCGGUCUCGGAUCUGCACGCUGUCGGCUGCAACGCCUUGGACGCGACGGAGAUUGCACUGCUGCAAGGCGAUAGCAUCCAGCGCCAGGUGCUAAGUGGACUCGAACUCGCGCUCGAGACGUCGCCAGAGGACUGUCGGCGCGCGCUCCUCGACGCGCUCUUGGAGCUCCGCCAUGCUGGAUCGGCCGGUAAAUUUUGAGUAGCCUCUGCCCUAAUCUCUACCAUUCCCUGUCAUCGGAUUGGUGGAUGUGUACCAAUCAUCACGGC